AAACUUGUUGUUUAUUUAUUACUUCAUUUGUGUGUGAGUUAUUUGAAAAAAGAACAUUCCAAUAAUUAAUAUAUAGAACAUUGAAAUUUCUUUUUUACUUAAAUAAACUUUAAAAAAUGUCUCUCGCCGACGAACUGCUCGCAGAUCUGGAAGGGAACGACCAUGACGAGGAUGAACUGGAAGAUGAGCCUAUGGACACUCGAGAGGAAAUCGAAGAGAAAGAGGAAAAACCUGAUAUUAAACAGUUGCAGAUGGAAAUUGAUACUACUCAGAUACAGUCAGUUAGAGAAUUGUGCAAACUAAGGGACUCAGACAAACUAAAGAGUGUAAUGCAACAAAUAAACAACUAUGGUACCACCAUAAGGAAAGCCACAGAAAUCAUUGGCCCAGUAGAGGCAGAUCCUGAAUAUCAGCUAAUAGUCGAGGCAAAUGAUUUAGCUGCUGACAUCGAUAAUGAAGUGGUUACAGUUCACAAAUUUGUAAGGGACAAGUACCAGAAAAGGUUUCCUGAAUUAGAAUCCCUUGUGGUCAGCCCACUGGAGUAUGUGAAAACAGUGAAAGAAUUAGGAAAUGACCUGGAUCAAGCCAAAAAUAAUGAAACAUUACAGACUUUUCUCACUCAGGCGACUAUUAUGGUUGUUUCGGUCACUGCAUCCACCACCCAAGGCACAAUGCUGUCAAAAUUCGAAAAAGAACAAAUAGAUGAGGCUUGCAAUAUGGCCAUAGACCUAAACAACUUCAAGCUAAACAUCUACGAAUACGUGGAGAGUAGAAUGGCGUUUAUAGCCCCGAAUAUCACCAUAAUCCUUGGGGCUUCAAUAGCGGCCAAACUGAUGGGGGUCGCGGGCGGUUUGACCAGAUUAUCGAAAAUUCCCGCUUGCAAUGUACUUUUAUUGGGACAGCAAAAGAAAACUUUGUCGGGGUUCAGUCAGGCCACCAUGCUACCGCACACCGGGUUUGUUUACUACUGUGAUAUCGUACAAAAUACACCUCCGGAUUUAAGGAGAAAAGCUGCCAGACUGGUAGCGACAAAAUGCACAUUGGCCGCACGAGUUGACGCCUGUCACGAGAGUUCCGACGGCCGAAUAGGGCGAAUGCUCCGGGACGAAAUCGAACGGAAACUGGAUAAACUCCAGGAACCGCCCCCGGUUAAAUUUAUAAAACCGCUACCGAAACCGAUCGAUCAGUCGAAAAAGAAAAGGGGCGGCAAACGGGUGCGUAAAAUGAAGGAAAGAUACGCGCUGACCGAGUUUAGGAAACACGCGAACCGUAUGAACUUUGCGGAAAUCGAGGACGACGCCUACCAGGAGGAUCUGGGAUAUACGAGAGGUACCAUAGGGAAAACCGGAACCGGUAGGAUCCGAUUGCCGCAGGUCGACGAGAAAACCAAAGUGCGAAUAUCGAAAACGUUACAGAAGAAUAUGCAGAAGCAGCAGAUUUGGGGCGGCAGUACCACCGUGAAAAAACAGAUUUCCGGGACGGCUUCUAGUGUCGCCUUUACACCACUUCAGGGGCUGGAGAUUGUGAACCCCCAAGCGGCCGAGACGAACGUGAGCGAAGCGAAUGCCAAAUAUUUUUCAAACACUUCUGGAUUUUUAAAAUUAGAUAAGAAAUGAUUAAACUAUUAAUUGAUUAAGAUAAAAUAAAAUUUAUUAAAAUAGUUA